AUGGCAUCAACUGCAACAAAAAUUGUUGGCAUCGCUAAAGAUGUAUCUCCGCUGUACUACAGGAUCUUAUCAAAAUUUCCACAAAACUUUACAUUUUGCUUCGCUUAUGGAUCCGCAGUUAAACCUCAAAUCGGCUAUGAAAAAAAGCAUAACAUGAUUGAUUUAAUUUAUUGUGUGGAUAACUCGCAUAGAUGGCAUGGUGCAAACCUCGAAAUAAACCCUUCGCAUUACUCCGCACUUCGGUUCCUUGGAAAAGGAUUUAUUGCAAGGUUGCAAGAAAACUCUGGAGCUAAGGUUUAUUUUAACACAUUGGUAGAAAUGAAGGACGAAAAUGUAACCAUCAAGUAUGGUGUUGUAUCACAAAGGGAUUUAGUCACAGACUUGUUGGAUUGGAAUUAUCUAUACUUAGCAGGGAGACUCCACAAACCAGUGGAAAUUAUUAAGCAAACCAACAGUUCCCAAUUACAAAAUGCUCUGCAAUCUAACUUGAGAUCAGCUGUACACACAGCCUUAUUAAUACUACCUGAGACAUUCUCUGAAUAUGAUUUCUACUUUGCAAUCUCAAACUUAAGUUAUGCUGGAGAUUUCAGAAUGACUUUUGGAGAAAAUAAAAACAAAGUUCGGAAUAUAGUUCAGCCGCAGCUACAAAAUUUUCGGGAACUAUAUCGACCCAUUUUACAGCAAUUUCAUGCAUAUGUAGAUUUCCCUAAUGGUGAUGCACAGUGUCAUCAAGACUUAAACCCAGAGACUAAACUGCAUCAUCUUAUGCAGUUGCCUAUGGUUCCUCAGCAGAGGAUUGUAAAAUUUUGGAAUCAUGGUGGUCCACAACAAGAUAUGGAAGAUGUUUUGAGGGCAGUGGCUUAUGAUAUAGACUGUGCUGUUAUUUUACGACAAAUUCUAAAAGACUUAGUUUGGCAAUCAAGUGUUCGACAGUCACUCAAAGGCAUCCCAACUGCUGGCUUGUUAAAAUCUAUUAAAUAUAGUGCUAAGAAAAUUGCAAAAAUGUUUUAA